AAUGUUAUGGUUAGUUUGAAAUUUUGAAAUUCGAAUUCGGGAAAUUUUAAAUUUACAUGGUUCCUCUAUCUAUACGGUAAUGGCUGAACAGUAUAAAUCUUUGCAUCCAAUUAAAUACUAUAGGGAUUACUUUUCUCACCAAAUUCGCCCUGAUGGAAGAGAAUUUAACAAAUUCAGACCAAUUGUACUCAAUGUUGCUUCAAUUGACACUGCUGAUGGGUCUGCAAUAGCAAAAGUUGGCAAAACCACUGUAGUAUGUGGAAUCAAAGCAGAGCUAUGUAAACCAAAGGCAGAUUGUCCAAAUGAAGGCUUCAUAGUACCCAAUCUGGAAUUACCUCCUCUUUGUUCCCCAAAAUUUCGACCUGGACCUCCCAGUGAUCAAGCACAAGUCUUAACUCAACUCAUAGCUGAUAUUAUUGAAAACUCAAAAUGCAUUGAUUUGUCAGAUCUUUGUAUUUUUCCUGAUAAACUGGCAUGGUGUCUUUUUGUUGAUUUCAUCUGCUUGGAUUUUGAUGGGGCUGUAGUUGAUGCUUCAAUUGUUGCCCUAAUGGGAGCCCUAAGGACUGCUACUCUGCCUUUUGUGGCAUAUGAUCCUGCUUUAGACAAUAUUCAAGUAAACUUAGAUGAAAAGAAAAAGCUCAAUAUCCAUAAUACACCUGUAUCAACAACAUUUGCAGUAUUUGAUGACAAAAUUAUAUUGGCUGAUCCAACUGUUGAAGAAGAAAAUUUAUGCACAGGUAUCCUUACUAUAGUUGUGAAAGAUUCUGAACUUUGUUGUAUCCAUAAACCUGGUGGUAGUGCCCUUAGUGAAGAAGAAUUAUUGAAAUGUAUAGAUGAUUCCAAAGAAAGAAUGAUUCUAGUUAAAAACCUCAUUGAACAAACCAUAAAAGAUGUUUAAGUGAUUUAAUCUAGGUGUUUAUAGAAUUUACCUAUAUCUCUUUGUUUUUAUAUCAUUUUUGAGAUACAUAUAAUUGUUGUUUCCCAAUUAUUAAUGGCUCUCAUGGUUUUCAAUUUCAAUCUUUUUAACCUCAUUAUGUAUAGUAUACUUUCCUAAUUUCCCUAAAAGAAGACAAAAUUGAGUGAAGUAAAGUUUAUUAGAAGUACUCAUUAACAAUAGGUAUAGGAAUGCAUAAUUUCACAAAUAAAUCAUGAAAUGAAAAUACUUUUGAAAAUACAGUCUCAUAAGUUACUAUUACUACCAAAACUAUGCUAACAGUAAGUAUAUAGGUACCAAAAUGAAAAACCAGUUAUUUCCUCCCUCUUCUAUUCAUGUCUUGGGUCCAGUCUUCUCCUGAUCUUCCUCCAUUUUCUCUACCUUCUGCUUAGCAGGCUCCCCUGUCUGGACAACUGGUAUAGCUUUGUGACCGAUCUCCUUAUCUUGAAUCCUGGGAGCAGUAAUACUCAGAACCCCAUCACUAGACAACUUGGACUCAAUGCUGUUCAUGUCGGUGUUUUCCGGAAGCACAUACCUCCUCACGAAAUGUCUGAAAAUCUGUCCAUGCUCAUCCUGCUUUUCUUCGUGCUUACCCUCAAUCGUGAUAGUGCGAUCCCCUGUGACUUUCACCGUUAUUUCCUCCGGUUUGAACUGCUGAACGUCCAAGUUGGCUUGGAAUUU